UAAACUGCCCGCCCGCCUGAACAGGGACAUGAGAUCCCCGAGCCGAGCAAAUGGGGUGUCGUGUCUUGUCCUUUCCUCGUUCUUCACGCGGCUUUGCGCGCGAAAACGUCGCACUAACCUGGAACAUUUUUGCCGAAUUUGGACAAGAAUCUGUUGAGAGAGAGAGAGAGAGAGAUAAGGACGUGGUGUGUGUAGAGAUGAUGGUGCUGACAGGGCGAAGGUGGUGAAGGGGGGAAGCAGUUAUUUCUUUGGCAAAAGAGAGAAGGAAGAUGUGAGGAAACUGAAAACACCACCUCCCAAUUUCUCAUCUUGGACCCGCAGGAAUCCUGCAAAAUAACAAGAGAAAGAACGCGAGUGGUGUUUUCGGGGGGGAAAAAAAAACAGGGGGUCGAACCGUUGCAGAUGUGAGAGAAGAAGAUGAGCAGGAACAAAGUCCACAACCAUGACGAUGGUGGAAGCGAUCGUGGCCUCUCCUCCAAAGAAUUAGCCUAUCCUGGAGCCCUUCCCAGGAGGCUCUACCAAGUUUGGAAGGGUAACAAUAAAUUCCUCUGCGGUGGGAGAUUGGUCUUCGGUCCAGAUGCUGCAUCGGUGUUGUUGACCACUACCCUCAUUGGAGGCCCCGCAAUAACAUUCUGCAUAAAAAUGCUUUUGCUAAUCGGUGAAGUGAAUCCACUAUUUGGGUACAUCGUUCUGAUUGUGGGAUUGGUCCUCACUGUUCUGGACUUCAUUUUUCUAUUCCUUACCUCUGGUAGAGACCCUGGUAUAAUUCCAAGAAAUUCACAGCCACCCGAAUCAGAUGAAGUAUGCGAUGCAACUACUCCAUCGACAGAGUGGAUCAAUAGUAAAAUGCCAGAUCUGAAACUGCCAAGAACCAAGGAUGUACAAGUGAAUGGUCAAACAGUAAAAGUGAAGUUCUGUGAUACUUGUUUGCUAUAUCGACCACCACGUGCUUCUCAUUGCUCCAUCUGCAACAACUGUGUGCAAAGGUUCGAUCAUCACUGUCCAUGGGUUGGUCAGUGCAUUGCAUUACGUAACUAUCCAUUCUUUAUAUGUUUCAUAUCCACAUCAACCUUCUUGUGCAUAUACGUGUUUACCUUCUCGUGGAUCAACAUUAUUCGACAAGGAGGCAAUCUCUGGAAGGCCAUGUCGCGUGAUGUCCUCUCAGUUGUUUUACUAAUAUAUUGCUUCAUUGCUUUCUGGUUUGUUGGCGGGCUCACAGUGUUCCAUCUUUACUUGAUCAGCACCAACCAGACAACCUACGAGAAUUUCCGCUAUCGCUAUGAAAAGAAGGAGAAUCCAUAUACCAAGGGAAUGCUAGGAAAUGUUAAGGAGCUUGUCUUUGGCAAGAUCCCACCUUCAAUGAUCAAUUUUCGAACUUGGACAUCAGACUAUGAGACCGGCGGAUCUGUCACCUCCGAGUUUGAGAAAGGCUAUGUAAUUUCUAGAGGAAACUUUGACAUAGAAAGCGGGGGUUCUCUUCAGAAGGAGGGCGACCCUCAUCUUCCAGGUAUUCUGCAGAGGCUUGAUUAUGGUGGCGUUGACGAGAAGUUGAAGAGAAAAGAGAGAGAGGGAUCUGUUGCAUUCGAUCCAUUCUUCUUCCCUGCUCAUCUAGAUUCAAAGUAUCCAAAGCAGCAAUUGGAUGACGGACUUAAAAUCAGUUCGGGUCACAGAAUAGUGGAUACAGGCUCCCCUCAAAUUGCAUCUAUCAGUCCACCGAGAUAGAGGUAUUGUGUUUCUUCUUUUGCUUCAUAGACACGACUUCAUCUCUGUAUGAAGUAUAUGAAGUUUUCAGGGGCUAAGUUAAACAAAGGAACAGAAAGGAAAAGGUUGCCUGCGAAAUGCAGCCUAGAGGUUUUCUGAAAUUCAAAGCAGGCUUCAUUGUGUAAAAAUCAUGCCGCAUGCCCUCAGUGGCGCUUUUUUGUUUCUUUGCCGCAGCUAACUCGUCAGUGAUUUUGCUGUUUGUGGACUUCAAACGUUGAGACCCUGAUUUCUGUGGACUA